AGAUCAAGAGUAAAACAACACAGCACAAUGACCGAUCUCACCCCCACAUUCACCCAGCUGGUGCACAGCAAAUCGCCGACCUCGAAACUCUCCACAGGGUACAUGACGACCGAAAUCGCCGACGAAUUUCUCAAAGAAGCCUACCGAAUUAACUCCCACAUAACAUCCCUACUAUCCUACCUCCAAACCAUCCGCCCAUCCUACCUCUCACUAACCAACACAAAACCACCCACCACCACCACCACUCAACCCAAACAGAACAAACAACCCGAAAUACUCGACGACUCCGCCCGCGACACCAUAACCACCACCACCUCGACCCUCCUCUCCAACCUCUCCACAUCAAUCACCACCCUCAGCGCGGCAGAGAAUCUCCGCCAGGAGACGGUCUCGCGGAGCAUAGCACAGAGAUUCGGGAAGGGGUUUCUGGCGAAGUGGGCGGGGGGAGCUACACUCACUUCCUCCCCUGGGGGUGAAAAUGAGGGAAAGGAUAAAGAACAGGUCAUUAAGGAAGAGAAGGAAAAGUUGUUAAAGGGGGUGAGGGAAAGCGUGCUAUUCUAUCUUAAUGCGAAGCUUGGGAUGGUGGUUAAUGAGCAGAGGGAUAUGGUGGAGAAGAGGAUUGAGAGGGUGAGGGAGAGGGAGAGGAGUGUGCUUUAUAAGAAUACUUCGCCUGGGGGUAAUGGGGGUGGAUGGGGGAGGGUGGAUGGGGAGUGGAGGGGGGAUACUGGUGUUGGUACUGGGGGUGUGGUGAAGAUGGAUGAGGAGGAGGUCAAAGAAAUCGAGAAACAGUUGACACCGCAGCAAUUGCAACUGUUUGAGGAGGAGAAUGAUUCCCUGGUGAGGUAUUUUGAGGAUGUGGUGGGGAAGGUUCAGAACGCAGAAAAAUCACUCCUCGAGAUCUCCUCUCUCCAGCAAACUCUCGUGUCGCAUUUAUCAACCCAAGAGGAAUAUAUCUCGCAGCUGGUGACGGAUGCGAGUAAUACCGAGGCGAAUAUCGGGCAGGGAAAUAAGGAGUUGAAGCGGGCGACGGAGCGACGGAGUACGGCGCAGGCGGUGUUUUGGGGGACAGUGGGGUUGUGUACGUGGUUGGUUGUUUGGGAUUUGGUUUUUUAGAUUCAUUAUUACUUUAUUUUUCAGGUUGUGUUGUUUAUAUUUUGUAUUGGGGUUGUCUACCAGUCUAGCUGUACCUUACAUAUAUCCAGUCCAUAUUCAUCAUGUCCUACCUGUGGUAUCUUAUGAAGUCUCCCGCACUACGCUGUCCACUGCUUCGGCAAAGUAGUCCAGGUUAUGUGUGUUUAGGCCGGCCAUGGAGAUACGGCCGUUCUUGG